CUCUCUUCCUCAAUAAUUAACGUCGGCGAGAGGCGCCAAAUCUGCUCUACACACGACAGGGAGGGUUAGAAAGUGCUGACCCGGGUCCGAAUACACUGUUCGCCGCCGCGGGCUGCCACGCCCCCCCCCGCGCGCGGCGGCGCGCGCGCUGCCGCCACACGCCGCGGCAGGCCAGCAUCACCGGGGCGCGAGCAGCCGCCAACGCCCCCUCCCCCCCCCGACCGCCCGACCACCCGCCGCGCCGCAGGUCGAUUCACCAUGGCGACCCCCGAACUCGCCUUUUGCGAUCUGGCUCGGUCACAAAAUCCCGAUGCGAUUUGCACGCACAUGCCCGAGAAGUACUACCAGGAGGACUCGUUCUUCGGCGGCAAGGCGCCGCUAUCGAAGGCGUCGGGCUACAUCAUCGUCAUCGGCAUGGGCCUCGGCAUGACGCUGCUCGCGGCGAUCCUCACGCACCUCGAGGUGGCCUACACGCGCUCGGGCGCCAUCUCGUCCGAGUUCUUCAACACGGCCGGCCGCUCCGUCAAGACGGGCCUCACGGCCUCCGUCAUCGUGUCGCAGUGGACCUGGGCGGCCACGCUGCUGCAGUCGUCCAACGUCGCCUGGAACUACGGCAUCUCCGGGCCCUUCUGGUACGCCUCCGGUGCCACGAUCCAGGUGCUCCUCUUCGGCAUCCUCGCCAUCGAGAUCAAGCGCAAGUGCCCCACCGCGCACACCAUGUGCGAGAUCGUCAAGGCGCGCUGGCCCGAGGCGCACAGCACGUUCCUCUUCUUCGGCUUCUCCGCGAACCUCAUCGUCACGUCCAUGCUCAUCCUCGGCGGCGGCGCCACCAUCAACGCGCUGACGGGCAUGGACACGAUCCUCGCCUCGUUCCUCAUCCCCAUCUCGGUGAUCCCCUACACCAUGUACGGCGGCCUCAAGGCGACCUUCCUCGCGAGCUACAUCCACACGUCCAUCAUCUUCGUCGUGCUCCUCAUGAUGAUCUACACGAUCUACGUGAGCGAGUUCUCCUCGAACCAGAUCUGGACGAUGAUCAAGGAGACCUCGUCGUACACGGAGGAAGAGUGCCGCCACAUCUUCUCGGAGGACUUCGUGCAGGGGACGGGGUCGCCGACAUACACGGUGUGGUCCGCUUUGCCGAACAAAGACAAGAACACGCCGCCACCGAGCGAACUCUUCCUCUACCGCGAGGAGAAGUCGAAGCUGGCUGAGUGCCUCGACGCGGACGACUGCACGAAACAGUUCGCGUGCGGCGGCGUCGUGGGCAACAAGGGCAUGGAUACGGACACGGGCUCCUACCUGACCAUGAUCUCGCUCGAGGGCCUCAAGUUCGGCAUCAUCAACAUCGUGGGCAACUUCGGCACCGUCUUCUGCGACCAGUCGUACUGGCAGUCGGCCAUCGCCGCCAAGCCGGCCUCGGCGCACAAGGGCUACAUGCUCGGCGGCAUGGUCUGGUUCGCGAUCCCGUUCUCGCUCGCGUCGUCGCUCGGCGUCGCGUCCACGGCCAUCCAGCUCCCCAUAUCGGCCACGGAGGCGGGCGCGGGCCUCGUGCCGCCCGCCGUCGCCGUGCACCUCCUCGGGUCGGGCGGCGGCUGGGCCAUCGCCAUCAUGCUCUUCAUGGCCAUCAUCUCCACGGGUUCCGCGGAGGCCAUCGCCGUGAGCUCGCUGAUCUCGUACGACAUCUACAAGCCCUACUUCAACCCCAAGGCCAACGGCGACGACGUCAUCCGCGUCUCGCGCAUCGUCAUCCCGAUCUACUGCGUGCUCGCGGGCGCCCUCGCGACGGUGCUGUGGGCCAUCGGCAUCGGCCUCGGCUGGGUCUACGGCUUCAUGGGCAUCCACAUCGGCUGCGCCGUGUCGCCGCUCUGGUUCUGCCUCACGAACUCGCGCGUGUCGGCCAAGGCCGCCAUCGCCGCCGCCUGGGCGGGCUGCAUCUCGGGCUACGUCGCCUGGAUCUGCACGUGCGCGGGCCUCGGCGAUCCGCUCGACCGCUUCGGCCUCGGCACGCUCUCCUCCAUGCUCGCGGGCAACGUCUUCUCGAUCGGCAUCUCGUGGUUCAUCUGCAUGGGCCAGGCCCUCGUGGCGCCGGACGACUACGACUGGCAGUCGCUCAAGGAGAUCGCGCUGCUCGACGACGACCAGAGCGGCCUGGACGCCGAGGACCUAAGCGAGGAGAAGCUCGUGCCCGCGCUGGACUGGAUCAAGCGCGUCGGCUGGAGCACCACCUUCGUCCUCAUCGUCCUCUGGCCCGCCCUGUCGACGCCGGCCGGCGUCUUCACGAAGACGUACUUCGCCUUCUGGAUCUUCGUCGUCAUCGCGUGGGGCUUCUUCGCGUCCGUGAUCAUCGUGGGCCUCCCCAUCUACGAGUCCUUCGGCGAGAUCGCCGUCAUCACGCGGGCGCUGACGGGCCUCGGCGGCGGCGCCUCCAAGGACGAGAUCGCGCUCUCCGAGCGCGGCGGCAAGUCCGUCGAGGCCUAGCUCGGCCUCGCGCCCGCCGCCCCCCCCCCGCCGUCCCCC